AUGUCGAUUCCUAGCAUUCGUGGCACUUCCUUCGCCCUUCGCGGCGCCUCGCGUCCCAUGGCAGCCUCCGCUGCUAUGCGCAGCAUUGCUCGUCGCGGCAACUCUUCCAUUGCGCUCGAAGGCCAGCAGCAGCUCCUCUCCGCCCACCUCUCCAAGGCUGAUCCUGCAGUCUUCGACAUCAUCGAAAAGGAGAAAAACCGCCAGAAGCACUUCAUCAACCUCAUCCCUUCUGAGAACUUCACCUCUCAGGCUGUUCUCGAUGCUCUCGGCAGUGUUAUGCAAAACAAGUACUCUGAGGGCUACCCUGGUGCCCGCUACUACGGAGGCAACGAAUUCAUUGACCAGUCUGAGCGACUUUGCCAGCAGCGCGCCAUUGAGGCCUUCAGCCUGGAUGCUAACAAUUGGGGCGUGAACGUUCAGCCUCUUUCCGGUGCCCCUGCCAACCUCUACGUUUAUUCGGCUCUCAUGGACACUCACGACCGUCUCAUGGGUCUUGACCUGCCCCAUGGUGGACACUUGUCCCACGGCUACCAGACACCUACCAAGAAGAUCUCAUCCGUCUCCAAGUACUUCGAGACUGUCCCUUACCGUUUGGACGAGAAGACUGGCUUCAUUGACUACGAGAAACUUGAGGAGCUUGCUCUCCUUUAUCGCCCCAAGAUUAUCGUUGCAGGCGCCAGUGCCUACAGCCGUCUAAUUGACUAUAAGCGCAUUCGUGAGAUUUGUGACAAGAUCAACGCCUACAUGCUCGCAGAUAUGGCUCAUAUUUCGGGUCUUGUCGCGGCCAAGGUACUUCCUGGCCCCUUCCAGCACGCCGACAUUGUCACGACGACGAGCCACAAGAGUCUGCGGGGUCCUCGUGGUGCUCUCAUCUUCUUCCGCAAGGGCGUCAGACGCCAGAACCCAAAGACAAAGGUCGAUGAGAUGUAUAACCUUGAGGGCCCAAUCAACAACUCCGUCUUCCCUGGCCACCAGGGUGGUCCCCACAACCAUACCAUCACUGCUCUUUCCGUCGCCCUGAAGCAAGCCCAAACUCCCGACUUCCACGCCUACCAAACACAAGUCCUCGCCAACGCAAAAGCGUUUGCUCAGCGUCUUGGUGAUGACAAGAGCAAGGGUGGCCUUGGUUACAGCAUUGUCAGCGGUGGUACCGACAACCACUUGGUACUUGCUGACCUUAAGCCUAACGGCGUUGACGGCGGUCGUGUUGAGCGUAUCCUCGAACUUGUCGGUAUUGCUGCCAACAAGAACACUGUCCCUGGCGACCGUUCUGCUCUUGUUCCUGGCGGUCUCCGCAUGGGCACGCCUGCUAUGACCAGCCGUGGCUUCACCGAGAACGACUUCGUCCGCGUCGCCGACAUUGUUGAUCGUGCCGUCGCCAUUGCCGUGCGACUAGACAAGGUCGUUAGGGCUUCUGCCAAGGAGAGGGCUGAGAAGAGCCCAGGAAAGCUCAAGUUCUUCCUUGACCACGUUGGCAAUGGCGACAGCGACACUGAGAUUGUUCAGCUCCGCAGCGAAGUCUCCGAUUGGGUCGGCACAUACCCCCUCCCUUGGGACUCUGCCCAGUAA